UCACCUGAGAGGAAUUAGGAAAUAGAGUUUGUUCCAGACAGGUGUCAGACACACAGACGGACAAACAAAGGAUCAGAUUCACCUUCAGACCAAACACAGUCCAACUACAGGAGAGAAAAGAGGAAAAUCAGACACGGCUGCUUCGACCUGCUGACAUUCAACACACUGAAUACUAAAUGGCUUCCAGAUCAGAGGAAGAUUACUGCUGUCCAGUCUGCCAGGAUGUCUACAGAGAUCCUGUUGUUCUGUCCUGCAGCCACAGCUUCUGUAAAGUCUGUCUGCAGAACUGGUGGAGAGAGAAACCCAUCAGGGAGUGUCCAGUUUGUAAGAGAAGAUCCUUAAAACGACCACCCUGUAAUCUGGCCUUAAGGAAUGUCUGUGAGUCGUUCUUACAACAGAGAAAUCAGACAGAUUCAGAGUCUGUCUGCAGUCUGCACUCAGAGAAACUCAAACUCUUCUGUCUGGAUCAUCAGCAGCCAGUUUGUCUCAUCUGCAGAGACUCAAAAAUACACAAUGACCACAGAUUCAGACCCAUCGAUGAAGCUGCUCAGGAUCUCAGAGAGAAGCUCCAGAACUCCUUAAAACCCUUAAAGGACAAGUUACAGUCUUUAAAUGAAGUGAAAGAGGAGUUUGGUGGAACAGCAGAACACAUUGAGGUCCAGGCCCGACACACAGAGAGGCAGAUUAAGGAGCAGUUUAAGAAGCUCCACCAGUUUCUCCAAGAGGAAGAGGAGUCCAGGAUCAGAGCUCUGAGGGAGGAAGAGGAGCAGAAGAGUCAGAGGAUGAAGGAGAAGAUGGAGGCUGUGAGCAGAGAGAUAGCAGCUCUGUCACAAACAAUCCGAGCCACAGAGGACGAGCUGAGAGCUGAACACGUCUCAUUCCUGCACAAAUACAAGGCUGCAGUGGAAAGAGUGCAGCAGCGCCUCCUGCUGGAGGAUCCACAGCUGGGCUCAGGAGCUCUGAUAGACCAGGCCAAACAUCUGGGCAACCUGAGCUUCAACAUCUGGAACAACAUGAAGGACAUGGUCUCCUACACUCCUCUGGUUCUGGACCCAAACUCUGCAGGUUCAAACCUCAUCCUGUCUGAAGAUCUGACUGAGGUGAGAGAAGGAGAUGAACAGAAGCUUCCACAGAAUCCAGAGAGGUUUAUGUACACAGUCCUGGGCUCUGAGGGUUUUAACUCUGGGACUCACAGCUGGGAGGUCGACGUCACAGACAAUGAGGACUGGAUUUUGGGUGUAAGAACAAAGUCUGACCAGGGGCUAAAAGAUCAGGAUGAAAGGUGGGGGAUCAAGUUCGUCAGUGGUAAAUACUAUAUACCAUCAUCAUCAGGUGAACCCAGUGUUCUCCCAGUUCAUAAAGUGUUUCAGAGGAUCAGAGUGAAUCUGGACUUUGACAGAGGAACACUGUCCUUCUCUGAUCCUGAUACAAACACACACAUUCACACCUACACACACACUUUCACUGGAAAAACACUGUUUCCAUAUAUUUAUACUUUUGACCCAAACCCAGUGAAGAUUUCACCUCUGAAGGUCUGUGUGACAGUGAAACAGCUCAAGUACAGAUGAAGAUGAUGAUGUUAAGUCUCUUUUCUUGAAUAACAACAGAAUAUAAAUGUACACAGUGACUGAAGUUGUGAUUGUUCAGUGGAUCAAUAAUGGACAGUCAGAGGAGAGUUUUACAGUUUCCACAGGUCUAUUUGUGUUUCGAAUGCUGCACUGUGGAGCUGAUCAGUAAACUAGACACACUUAUUUAACCCUUUAACCCCUGACGUGUCUGUGGUGAGCAUUCUGAAUGUAUGAUUUAAUUUAAAUAUUCCUAAAAAUUCAACCUUUUGCUCAGUAGGAAAC